ACUACAUGACGUCAUAAGACGGCACCCGUAAGUGGAGUGACCUUCUGUGCGACCGCCACAGCGCGUUCGUGUCUCGUCGCGGAAAGGAGCUUCAAAAAAAUCAUUUUAAUUGAUCGCAUAUUCAACUAGACCUGACUAUGGGCGACGUGGCGAAAGGCAAGAAGGCGUUUGUGCAGAAGUGCGCACAGUGCCACACCGUUGAGGAGGGGGGCAAGCACAAGGUGGGGCCCAACCUGUGGGGUCUGUUCGGCCGCAAGACGGGCCAGGCGGAGGGAUACUCGUACACUGACGCCAACAAGAGCAAAGGAAUCGUGUGGGGUGAGGACACGUUGAUGGUUUACCUGGAGAACCCCAAGAAGUACAUCCCAGGCACCAAGAUGAUCUUCGCCGGCAUCAAGAAGAAGGGCGAGCGCCAGGACCUGAUUGCUUACCUCAAAUCGGCGACAUCAUGAAGUCCGCGUGUGCUUAUUUAACGUUUUAGUUUGUGUUUUAUUUGAUGCAGCUUUCAAGUCACCCCCCCCCCACCCCCCAACAAAAAGUCACGUGUUGAGUCAUUUGUACAGAUGCUGAUGAGAGAGCGCGAGAGACGCACGUGGGACGACUUCUUGGCUCUCGUGCAUGUGGCCAACGCCACCAUUUGUGGAAACUAUUGUGCUUAUGUCAUCAACAUCAUCACUGUUGAGUCAACCGGUUCUGGUUGUUUGGAUUUCAAAUGAAUGUCCCGUUAUUGUAUAGAAAUUGUAUAGCCCCCUCUUCUCCACUAAGGUCCCAAAGCAUUCAAAGUGAGGCACAUUGAAAGGGAGGGAAAAACCCAAAACGUCUGUACGCAUGCACGCCGGCUGAAGGAAGGAGGCGGCUUUGUUAUUUACCUGGUUUCACAGGCCCGAAAGAGUCUUUUAACUUAUUUUACUGCCACUUCAUGUGACCGUCUGUCUGUCAAAUGUUGAUCAGGGGCUGCAACGAAAUACUGUCUGUACAUGGAAGUCGUCAGAAUUAUGAGGCGGCCAACCGGAUGGCUGAAGGAUUAUCUAUUAAACGCAAAAAAACGUCCACCAAUGAAAA